AGUAAUUUUUAAUUUUCGUCGCCUACUAUCAUGUGAAUAUUUUUUAAUUUUGAUAAAUUAUUGAAUACAGAUACAAAGAAAAUUUUUACUGUCGUUGGUAGAAUCUAUUUUAGGGAAUCAAGUAGAAAAUAUAAUUGAUUGCUGUCGAUAAAUUACGUAUUUGAUGAUCAGCAAUAGUGGAGGUAGAAUUGAAAUUUAAUAACGACUACCACGCUCCCUAGUAUCUUAUCGAUUCACUUUCUCAACAAUGGUGAUGUUGGUGUAAAGAAAAAAGUUCUCUUUGACGUGCAUAUCCAGUUGUAUGCCAUGGGCUAACCUAUAUGUGAAAUGAAUUGAUUAAUUGUGAUAGUUUCAUGUGCAGCUUAUACGUACGAGUUAUUAUCGUUAUUGAAAAAUUAAAAAUUUGAAAUAAUGUAUACGUGAGACGAUUUUAUCUCUGGCGUGGUUGACAGCUGACGUCAACUGUCCAUUUAAAAUGAUUUUUAAAUUAUGAAGAAAAAAAUUGCAAUUUGAACUUUUUAUUUAUUCCUUUCAACUUCAAAACGGAAAGAUUUUAAUAAUAGUUAUGUAUAAUUUUUAACAGUCAUUGUCUGAUAAUUGUUUUGGCCUAGUGUAUAUAAAUUAUAUCUAACAAGACAUCGUAACAAUCGAUAGAAGGUUUUACGUUACAAGACAAAAUCCAAAGAUGUUUAAUCGUUUUAAAUCAGUAUUGAUAAAUGCGGUGGCGGGUAAUGAGCUGGGCUUGCAAUACCACAAUGAUUCCGAAAAUGAAAUGGCACCCGAUUCUAUUAAUUCUAACGUGGAAAUUGAAGCAAAACCGUAUAGUAGACCGUGUUUCUUAGGGCUUACAAAUGAAGAGACACAGGUUAGUGCCGAUCAUAGGGUGAGGCCUAUAAUAGUACCAAGGGACCUGAGUCGUUUACCAUGGUGUGCUGGUUAUGCUGAAUGCAUAAAUGCUGGAAAAAGUACAUGGAAUGAGGAUCAGGCAGCAGCAACAAGAGGAGAUUUAUCACUAUCCGACAGUGAUGUAUCACUACCUUAUAUCAUAUUUUCAAUGUUUGAUGGACAUGCUGGAUAUCAAGUGGCACUCUCCUCUAGAUUGCAUCUUCAUCGACUCAUUCUGGAACGACUGCAAGCUAUUCCUGGCCAUAUGCUGCUCAAUGACAGCGAAGAUAAUUUUAUAAGGGGAAGAGAUCUUGUUAUUGGAGCGAUUGAAAUGGCGUACAAACACAUGGAUCAAUUGGUUGAGCAUCAGGCGCAAAACGGUGGUGGUGGAUGCACAGCACUUACGGUUUUAUUCUUAAAUGGCCUCUUGUAUGCCGCUGGUGCUGGAGACUCGAGAACUGUGCUCGUUUAUGGAAACGAUCAGCGUUCAUUGACUACUGAUCAUACACCAGACUCUGAGUCAAAUCGGGUCAGGGCAUUGGGCUCUCUGAAGGGUGGUGAAUUAUUGAAGGGAUAUUUUACACCGUUAGAAUUUCGUAAACGUCCAUUAGAAAGAGAAUUAGGUUCAAUGGUACUUUAUCGAGAACCCUAUAUGACCGGUUGGACAUAUAAAGUAUUGACACAUCAAGAUUUGAAACUACCACUUGUAUCCGGUCAUGGAAAAAGGAGUCGAGUUAUGGGAACAAUUGGCGUUACAAGAGGAUUUGGUGAUCAUGGAUUGAAAGCAGCUAGUACUGGUGUUAACAUUAAACCAUUUUUAUCUUUUCAACCGGAAAUACAGUGUCUCAGAUUAGAUGAUUAUCAACUGACAGAGAGAGAUUGUGUGAUAAUAGCAACAGAUGGAUUGUGGGAUGUUGUGAGUAAUAAGGAUGCCGGAACUAUACUUAGAAAAACUCUUACACCGGACACGCCCUCACUCGAGUACAGAUUGACGAUGGGAGCUCAAGAAUUGGUACAGGCAGCUCGAGGUCGCUUGAUUGGUCGAAUUUGGAGGGGUAAACCGGAAAAAGCUGAGGAAAAUGAGGAAGAAUAUUUACCCAUGGCAUCGGUAGAUGACAUAAGUGUUAUGGUGGUUCCAAUUUAUCCGUAUUUAUGUGAACAUAGACAAUGGGUAAAAAGUACACAGCAAGAAAAAACUUAUUUAUUGCGAAACGGGCCUGAGUGAGCUUACCUGCACACUCAUAUUGCAAAAAAUAUAUACAGACUGAGGCUGAAAACAUAAUAAGCCUUCCACCUGGGAGAGGAAGCAACAUUAAGAUCUGCUAUCAUUCCAUUAUAAUGCCCCAAUUCUUUGAAACGAUUGUGGAUAUAUGACGAAUCGUUCAUGGAAUUAUGGAAAAAUCAGUUGAGUUUGCGUUAAUUUAUCGUCACCAACAGAUUAAAUUUUUUUUAGCACUUGAAAGCCCCCUACGAAAAAUAUUUCCAAAGUUUUUACACCAUGCCACGGAAAAUAAAGUGUAUGAAAAAUGAUGGAUGCAGUGGCGUUUAAUCUAAAAUGUGCAGCUACAUGAAUUAUUCAAUUUUAUACAUUCCAUUUUUCGAACAAAUAUCAAAUAAACUGACAAUGAAUUAGUCGUCAACCAAUAUGGAAAUUUACAACUCAACAUGACUUUGAUAAUUCAUUGAAUAAACCCAUAAUGUUAGUAAAUAAUGUAAAUAAUUAAUCGAUCAGGGGCAGUGAAAAUGUUUAUUUUUCUCCUUGUAUUUGAGUCUUAUAUUUGCAAAACCUCAAUAAAUUGAAUAAAUUUUGAAGAUUUA